AUGGGAGAAGUUGAAAAUAAAGGAGAAUGUGACUUUGCUACUCAGAGUGAGGUCUGUGGACCAGCAACGUCAGCAUCACCUGAGAGCUUGGGAGCGGAGCGCAGGCGUGGCGAGGACCUCGCGGGGAGCGGAGCCGCCGGCAGGACCGCCGAGCAGCAGCAGAAUCUGCACGCCUUCCGGGACCAUGUCAGGAACAUCGUGGACUCUACCUACAUCCUGAGCUACGUGACCCCCUGGUUUAGGGACGUACCAUUUGAGAAGAUUUGUUCCAACAAGGGGCUGAUGGCAGGUGCAGAGAAAAUGGUUGAAUGCCUUCUCAGAUCAGACAAGGAGAACUGGCCGAAAACUUUGAAACUUGCAUUGGAGAAAGAAGAGAGCAAGUUCAGUGAACUGUGGAUAGAGAAAGGUGCAAAAGAUGUCAAAAUGAAAGAUCUUGAGGAUGAUGAAAUGAAAACUUUGGAUGUACAGAUUUUCUACAGGGAAGAACCAGAAAACCAGAAUCUUAGUCAGAAUUCAUACCCUUCUUCAGAAGUGCCUCAUACUUACAGCCCAUUGAAGCCAAGAAAUUACCAACUAGAGCUUGCUUUACCUGCUCAGAAAGGAAAAAACACAAUAAUUUGUGCUCCUACUGGUUGUGGAAAAACUUUUGUUUCACUUCUUAUAUGUGAACAUCAUCUUAAAAAAUUUCCACAAGGACAAAAGGGGAAAGUUGUCUUUUUUGCUAUGCAACUCUCAGUGUAUGGGCAGCAGAAAUCUGUGUUCUCAAAGCAUUUUGGAAGACUUGGGUACAAAGUUGGAGGCAUUUCUGGAGUAACAUGUGACAAUGUCUCAGUGGAACAGACUGGUGAGAACAAUGGCAUCAUCAUUUUAACUCCACAGGUUCUUGUGAACAACCUUAAAAAUGGGACUAUUCCAUCACUCUCUGUCUUGAUGAUAUUUGAUGAAUGCCACAACACUAGUAAACAUCAUCCUUAUAAUAUGAUCAUGUUUAAUUAUCUAGAUCAGAAAUUUGGAGGAUCUUCAGACUCACUGCCCCAGGUCUUUGGGCUGACUGCCUCGGUUGGCACUGGGGAUGCCAGAAAUACAGCCGAAGCCACAGAAUAUAUCUGCAAAUUGUGUGCUUUUCUCGACACAUCAGUGAUAGCAAAAGACAACUUGGAGGAACUGGAGGAGAUUGUUUAUAAGCCCCAGAAGUUUUUCAGGAAAGUGGAAUCACGGACCACCAACAGAUUUAAAUGCAACAUAUCUCAGUUGAUGAUAGAGACAGAUCUGGUAAAGAGUAUCUUUGAAGAACUUGGUACCAUAACUCUCGAAAACUUAUUUCAAAUUCAAAAUAGGAAUUUUGGAACACAGAGAUAUGAACAGUGGAUUAUCGCAGUUCAGAAAGCGUGCAUGGUGUUUCAGAUGCAAGAUGAAGAGAGCAGGAUUUGUAAAGCACUGUUUUUCUACACAUCGCCUUUGUGGAGAUACAGUGAUGCCCUCAUUAUCAAUGAGCAUGCUUGAAUGAAAGAUGCUCUGGAUUACUUAAAAGACUUCUUCAGAAAUGUCCAAGCAGAAGGAUUUGAUGAGAUUGAGCAAGGUGUCACUCAGAGAUUUGAAGAGAAGCUGCAGAAACUAUAAUGUAUUUCCAUGGAUCCCAGCAAUGAGAACCCUAAACUCAAAGAUCUCUGCUUCAUCUUGCAAGAAGAGUACCACUUAAGCCCAGAGACCAGAAUCAUCCUCUUUGUGAAAACCAGAGCACUCGUGGAUGCUUUAAAGAAAUGGAUUGAAGAAAAUCCUAAGCUCAGCUUUCUCAAACCUAGCAUAUUGACUGGACGUGGCAGAACAAAUCAGAAAAUAGGAAUGACCCUCCCAGUACAGAAGUGUGUAUUGGAUGCAUUCAGAACCGACGGAGAUAACAAGAUUCUGAUUGUCACCUCAGUUGCUGAUGAAGGCAUUGACAUUGCUCAGUGCAAUCUGGUCCUCCUAUAUGAGUAUGUGGGCAAUGUCACCAAAAUGAUCCAAACCAGAGGCAGAGGAAGAGCAAGAGGGAGCAAGUGCUUCCUUCUGACUAGUAAUGCUGAUGUAAUCGAAAAAGAAAAAAUAAACAUAUGCAAAGAAAAAAUGAUGAAUGACUCCAUUUUAAGCCUGCAGAUGUGAGAUGAAGCAGUAUUUAAAGAAAAGGUUUGCCAGAUACAGAUUCAUGGAAAAUUCAUCAGGGAUAAUCAAGGAAAAGUAAAACCUGUGCUUGAUAAGGAAAAUAAAAAACUGCUCUGCGGAAAGUGCAAAAUCUUUGCACGUUAUACAGCGGAUAUAAUAAGAGUGAUGGCGGAAUGCCAUUUCACUAUGUUUGGAGUUGCUUUCAGGGAGCAUUUUGUGAGUAAGUUACAUCCCAGACCAAAGAGCUUUGGGAGUUUCGAUAAGAGAGCAAAGAUCUUCUGUGCCAGGGAGGACUGCAGCUAUGACUGGGGAAUCCAUGUGAAGUAUAAGGUAUUUGAGAGUCCAGUUAUAAAGACUGAAAGUUUUGUGGUGGAAGAUGUUGCAACUGGAGCUCAGACACUGUAUGCAAAGUGGAAGGACUUUCAUUUUGAGAAGAUCGCAUUUGAUGCUGCAGAAAUGUCCACUGGAGCUCAGGACCUCAGUCUGCAGGGAAUGGGUGACCUUGAGUGA